ACCGACCCGGGAUCUGUACCACACACACACCGAGCGGAGGGCCAUGGAGCUGUGAGGGGACCUGCUCCACCUCCACCUCCACCUCCACCCACACACACACACACCACUGUUCUGAUCUGUUCAUCUCACCGCAGACAUGGAGGCUGCGCGCUGCUGGCUGCUCCUGGCUGCACUGGUCAUCCUCAUCUGCCACCAAGCUGGAGGAUAUGCAUACAGGAAUCAACGCAAGUUCUCAGAAGACAUCGAUUGGUCGUACGCAGGAACUUUGAAUCAGAACAACUGGGCCAAGAAGUUUCCGUCCUGCAGCAACGCCAAGCAGUCUCCCAUCAACAUCGAGGAGAACCUGGCUCAGGUGAAGCUUCAGUACCAGAAGCUGAGGUUUGAGGGCUGGGAGAGCCUGACGGCCGACAGGACGACCAUCAAGAACGACGGCAAGACCGUGGCGGUCGAUUUGGACGGAGAUUUCUACGUCAGCGGAGGCGGCCUGAGGUCAAAGUUCAAGGUGGGACGUAUCACCUUCCACUGGGGGCGCUGCAACGCCUCCUCAGAGGGCUCCGAACACAGUCUGGAUGGAGUCAAAUACCCUCUGGAGAUGCAGAUCUACUGCUACGAGGAGCUUCGCUUCGACUCUUUAGAUGAAACCAUGAAGGCCGGAGGAAGAAUCACAGCACUCGCCGUGCUGUUCGAGACGAGCGUCGACGACAACAUGAACUACGCCUCCAUCAUAGACGCCAUCAUGAGCGUGAGCAGAUACGGAAAGAGCGCCGAGGUUCUACCGUUCGCCCCGCGAGGCCUCCUGCCGAACUCCACGGAGAAAUACUUCAUCUACAACGGCUCCCUGACCACGCCGCCCUGCAGCGAGACCGUCGAGUGGAUCGUCUUCAAGAGCACGGUGGCCAUCUCCGACGAACAGCUGGAGAUGUUCUGCGAGGUGAUGACGAUGCAGCAGGCCGGAUACGUGAUGCUGAUGGACUACCUGCAGAACAACUACCGGGAGCAGCAGCAGCAGUUCAUGGGUCAGGUGUUCUCCUCCUACACCGGCACCGAGGAGGUCCUCACACCAGUGUGCAGUUCGGAGCCGGAGAACAUCCAGGCGUUGCCCUACAACCUCAGCAGCCUGCUGGUGACGUGGGAGCGGCCUCGGGCGGUGUACGACGCCAGCAUCGAGAAAUACUCCGUCACCUACAAGCUGGCCAACGCAGAAAACGCCGCCCCCUCUACAUACCUGACCGACGGAGACCAGGAUGUGGGGGCGAUACUCGACGACCUGCUAGCUAACACCAGCUACGCGGUCCAGGUGGUGGCGGUCUGCACCAACGGUCUGUACGGACGUUUGAGCGACCUGCUGACGGUCGCCAUGCCCGCCGACGACCCCGAUAAUACACUGGAUCCAGAUUCAGACGAAUUUGACGACGAGGGAAACUUUGAUCCCGAUCCGUCCUGGAAUGAACCGGUCCAAACCGAGGAUUACGACCCGGCCUUGAUGCCUACAAACUCACCGAGGACCACGACUCUUGGAUCGCCUAUUUUACCUCUACCUGGCGUCAUAACCACAACAGCAGAAUCUGGUCGGAGGAAAACCAGCACCGAUCCGGUUCCCCCCGUCAGAUCCACCCAGAGCAGUCAAGUCCUUGGCCAGUCUGAAGGGACGGCACACCGCAGUACCUCCCCACGUCCACCAGAGGACCCCCUCCCAACAAAAACCAAAGGAGAUGCUGACUUCAGUGGCAACGCUCCUUUUUACUCCACAACAACAACCACCACCACCUCCACUACUCCUUUACACUCCAACGCAAAGACAGCUGGUGUUCUCGGAGGUAUCGGUCCAAAAGACUCCUCUGAAGAAUCAAAAGGUGUUGUUCGUACCACCACACCGACAUCAACCAGUCCAAAGACAAAAGGUGGUGAAAGCAUUUCUUCACACAGCAGCAGCACAACAACGCUGAGGCCUCGUAUCGGCGGCUGGAGCAGCACAACCACGUCAUCGGCCCUCGUCCAGGCGGAGAUCGACCGAGGCCUGGCGCGUCCCGUAGACGAAGACGCAACCGCUGACGGAGACGAGUCUCCUGGACCCGAAGGUCCUCCAGAGAUCCAACCUCCAACUGUUCCACGUAGGCCCACAAGUCCCAGCCUACCUCACUUUUCCAUCACCACAACCUCUGUCCGGUUGAGUGGCGUUCUCUUGCAGACCACACAGCCGAUGUCCAACGAGGCCAGCAACAGCAGCCACGAGUCGAGAGUCGGUUCGAUCCGGGACCGAGAGCGGAAGGCUGUGGUUCCUCUGGCCGUCAUCUCCACCCUCACCGGCCUCGGCCUCAUCGUCCUCAUCGGUAUCCUCGUCUACUGGAGGACCUGUUUUCAGACGGCUCACUUCUACAUCGACGACAACUCAUCACCCCGAGUCAUUGCUGCACCGUCAACCAAUGCUGCAUUAACAUCUGAUGAACAAACAGCUUUUCCGGUGAAGCAGUUUGUGAAACACGUGGCCGAGCUUCACGACACGAACGGCUUCCAACGAGAGUUUGAGAUACUGAAGAACAGUUACGAGGAGGUUCAGACGUGCACGGUGGACAUGGCGAUGACGGCCGACAGCUCCAACCACCCCGACAACAAAACUAAAAACCGAUACAGCAACAUCCUGGCCUAUGACCACAGCCGAGUGCGACUCUCGGCGCAGGCGGACAAAGACGGGAAGACGGCGGAUUACAUCAACGCCAACUACGUGGAUGGCUUUAAGAAGCCGCGGUCGUACAUCGCCGCUCAGGGUCCCCUGAGGUCGAGCACCGAGGACUUCUGGAGGAUGAUUUGGGAGCAAAACGUCUGCAUCAUCGUUAUGAUCACCAACCUGGUGGAGAAAGGAAGAAGGAAGUGUGAUCAGUACUGGCCCACCGAGGUUCAGGAGGAGUACGGCAACUUCCUGGUGACGGUGAAGAGCAGCAGAGCGCUCGCCUACUACACCCAGAGGACCUUCUCUGUGAGGAACACCAACGCCAAGAAGGGCUCCCAGAAGGGGCGGAGCAACGAGCGGACGGUGACUCAGUACCAUUACACCCAGUGGCCCGACAUGGGCGUCCCAGACUUCGCUCUGCCGCUGCUCAGCUUCGUCCGCAAGUCGUCCAAAGCCAGAACGGACGACAUGGGGCCGAUGGUGGUGCACUGCAGCGCUGGCGUGGGCCGGACGGGUACGUACGUGGUCCUGGACAGCAUGCUGAAGCAGAUGAGAGACGAAAGCACCGUCAACAUCACAGGAUUCCUCAAACACAUCCGCACACAGAGGAACUACCUGGUUCAGACAGAGGAGCAGUAUGUUUUUAUCCACGACGCCUUGGUGGAGGCCAUCUUGUCCGGAGAGACGGAGGUGGCGGCGGCUCACCUGCACAGGUACGUGGACGAGCUGCUGACCCCGGGGCAUGCUGGGAGGACGCGCCUGGACAAACAGUUCAAGCUGGUUUGUCACUCCGGAGUGAAGCCGUGCGACUCCUCUACAGCUCUGCAGGACUGCAACCGCAGCAAGAACAGAGACGGCUCCGUGGUCCCUGUUGAGAGGUCACGAGUGCGUCUGUCCACGACGGCCGGGGAAACGUCCGACUACAUCAACGCCUCUUACGUCACAGGUUACAGGCAGAGCAGCGAGUUCAUCAUUACCCAGAAUCCUUUGCCUGGCACCGUAAAGGACUUCUGGAGGAUGAUAUGGGACCACAACGCCCAGGUCAUCGUGUCGCUGAUGGGGACGGCGUCAGGAGAGACGCCCGAGGAGGAGGCGGAGCUGUGCGUCCUGUGGCCCCGUAAAGGGCAGCCAAUCAGCUACGAGAUGUUCACUGUCACUCAGAGGAGUGAGAAUCAUAUCUGUCUGACCAACGAGGACAUGCUGGUGGUCCAGGACUACGUACUGGAAGCUUCACAGGACGACUAUGUUCUGGAGGUGAAACACUACCGGGCCCCCCGCUGGCCGAAUCCAGACAGUCCCAUCAGCAACACCUUCGAGCUCCUCAACCUGGUGAAAGAGGAGAGCACCUCCAAGGACGGCCCCAUUGUGGUCCACGAUGAUGUGGGUGGAGUAACAGCGGGGACAUUCUGCGCUCUAUCGUCUCUAACUCGUCAGCUGAAGGCCGAAGGUUCGGUCGACGUCUUCCAAGUGGCCAAACUGACAAACGUAAUGAGACCAGGAGUCUUCAACGACAUCGAGCAGUACCAGUUCCUGUACAAAGCCAUGCUGAGUCUCAUCGGGACGCAAGAAGAUGAGAAAACCCUCCAGUCUUCAGACAACAACGGUACCAUUGUGGUGGGCACCGCCAGCACUGCAGAGAGCCUUGAGUCCCUGGUGUAACCUGCCCCCUGACCCCCCAAAAGAAACACAAAGAACUUGUUUAACUUUUAAAAAUGAGCAUCAGAAUUUUGUCCUUCCACUUCAAUCACCAACAGAGCUUCCCCUGAUGCCAGACUCAUGCUACAACUACUAAAUAAAAAUCCUCAGCAUUCAGGAGCACUCUGUGUGGUAGUUUGAGUCCCGUACCGACCAAUUUCUUCUCCGCUGGAUCUGGACUGCCUGCAAUUUUGUAAUGUGUGCCUUUUUGUAUUUUUCAUUCUGUACUUCUAACUUUGAUACAAGCUGUAGACUAACCGUCCGAUGUUUUUAACUCUGUACUGCCCUGAGACGUUUCACUCAACUAACUUUUCCUAAACCUUUGUAUUUAUUGGCACUGAGCCAAAUGGGGAAAAAAAGGGAAAAAAUGAAUCUUUUUACAUCAAAAGAGCUAUUUUGUUAGCUUGUCUUUUAUAGAGCUCCCGCACUGAACUCCUUUCUGUAAAUACCAUCGCAACGGUAGCAGCAGUUUGCUAUUGCAGUCAAAUAUAAAAUAAGGGCCUGGAAUAAUAAAAAAUAAUAAUCUAAUGUAAAUAAUAUUAUAGUAAUCAACUUGAUGGACCAAAUUUCUAUUUAUACUUUUAGAUUUUUAUAUUUUACCAUUUUUAGUGCAUUCAAAUGUUAUGGUUUAAUUCUAAUUGCUUAGUUGGAGAACAUUAAUGCUUUUUAUAUUCUGGAUUUUGUAACAGACUAAAUGUGAUGCAUGGGGUACUGACAUGUAUGUUUUUUAGCCGGACAUGAAACACUGCUGGAUUAUUAGCUAGAGGAUUAAAUAAGUGAAAGA